CUCAAUUUCUCAAGACUAAAGUCUUCAAAAAUAAGUAGAAUAAGAAUCCAUAAUAGAAUUAACCUACCUAGAAAUUCCUACCCUCAACUCCUGACAUAAAAAGGCAUUUCAAUAAAAUCAAAUCCCUUAACAAAUCAAAAGACGAAUUGAAUUCAAUGAUCAAAUGAGAAAAAUCGUCAAAAUUUAACCUCCUCCAGAGUAAUAGGAUACUGAUAGUUAUAUUUCAUUACCAUAAGAUUCAGAAAUUAGCAAACCCAAUCAAUUCAAUAAUUCUGAUCAUAACACCCAACCUCAAACUCCGAAUUUUCAAAACAUAGUCUAAGCCAAAUCUAAUAUUCAAUUGUUUGUUACUCCAUAAUAAUUCCAAUAAAUGAUCACAUGCCCUUUGAUUUUAAAAUAUAAUAAAUUAGCGCCUCUUGUAAGUUUCUAUGACAAUAACAUAAGAAUAACAUCGUCCUCAGACUACUUAAUCAAUUAGCCAUUCUGA